CCGCCACUCAACCCCGACCGCCUUUCGCGCCCGACCACCCUCCCAACCAUCGGUGUUCGAAUCCGCCCCUCGAACCCACUUUUCCAAUACUCGAUGGCACGACCUGAGGAACAGGCUACCGAAGGCGGCACACAAUCCGCAUGGCCCGCCACCGAGGCAUCCGCGGUACCGCUGAAGGGUAACGUGGUGCCAACCCCAGUCCCCUUGCCCUCCAAGUCGGGAUCAACCAUCAGUCCUACAAUGGACGAAACAGAGCACUCAAGUGCAGAGGCUGAGGAGGAGGAUGAGAUGAUGCUGGAGGAUACUAUUGAGGGUGAUGGUGAAGUUGUGGAGAACGGUGGAGAUGCAUUUGCCAGGCUGCCAGAGACUGCGACGGAGGAGGAGCAGUACCAAGCCCUGACGCAACAGUCUCUGAACGCUGAUGGUACCCCGAAGCGCCCUAUGAAUGCGUUCAUGAUUUGGGGACGGAGACGGAGACCCCAGUUGGCUGAUCAGCAUCCGAUGCUGAGAACUGGCGACAUCAGCAAGUUGAUGAGCGAUGAGUGGUCCUCCAUGCCGAAGGAAGAGAAAGAGCAUUAUCAAAACAUGGCCAAGCGGUUAAAAGAUGCCUUCAACAUUCGGUGGCCCCAGUAUGUGUACAAGCGACGUCCCAACAAUUCGCGACGAAAGCGGAAGAAGGUUCCCGAGACUGGGGCGGUGGAUCCAAGGAUGAUAGACACUUCACGCGGUGGUAUACAAAAACGUGGUUCGUUCAGUUCAGUGGGAACAAUCUCAAACAUCACGACUUUCUCGUCGAGACCUUCGACAGCAAGAAGUAUGUCUGGGCAAUCGGAGUCCCCGCCCACGACUGCCAGCUCAAGAGUCUCUGCUGGUCACAUCCCAGCCAUCAGUUCUCAGAGUGGCUCGCGGGCCGUUCCAGCGGCGUACAGCGGCUACGCAAGGGCGGAAGGAAGCGCCCCAAGCUCUUGGUCCUGGCAGUCCAGUUCGGCCGUUCAACACGAUUUGCCUGUCCCAUCAUCAACAUCUGCCCCCAUACCGAGCAUGAGACGGCAGUCAUCCCAGCACAGUGUUUCUGGUGUGUCUUCCAGCGGGCCACCUCAGUUCAAACACGAAGAAGAAGAAGAGGUUGUAUAUCGCUCCGCGAAUUCACCGGAAACGGAGCAUAUGUGGCACGGAAGUGGAGUGUCUCGUAGCUUCAACCUCAGCGAUUUCCAGCCACAACAGCGGGGAGAGUUCAACAUGACCGACUUCCAGUCUCGUGACAAUAUGGCCAGUGAUCCCAAUUGGAUAUCGCAAUUCCAGAUGUCAUCAUCUUACGGCAUGUCUGGCUCUCACAAUGCAGCAUCAGAGAGUCGAUCGUACGCAAGCAGCCAAUCUAUGCCUCUUCCAGGCUUUCCUGGUGGUUCACGUGGAUCAUUUUCAUCCCUGAACGCAAUUCACACCUUCGGCGCAAGCACUUCAAGUUCGCAGGAACGUUUUGCCGGUGGUUCGGCCGGCGCGUCUGCCUCCCCGGGACUCGAGACAUCGAGCAGGACUGGGUAUUCUUUCUCCGGCAUGAACGGGUCUUUCACGGCUGCUAGUAGUACAAGCUCCGUAACUCCUCCGGCCGACCAACCUCGCUCAAAUUACUUCAACGGCACUGGCUUCGGAACAGCGGUCCCGCAGGCUCGGUCCAACGUACUUAGCAUUCCUCAGCAGGGUCAUACAGACGAGAGGGCGGCCGGAGGAUAUUGGUCUCCGCACGGCGAGCAGCCUCGCUGAUCUCACGACUUAUCUAAAUACCAUCGCCUAUCAAAAGUCUUAUGCCAGCAUAUCAGUCCUGAACGCAACUCAGCAGCCGAGGAUGUAUAUUGUAUCCAGACAUGUGGAACCCC